AUCAUACUACUUCAACAUCCAUCAACACCACAAGUUCACAACAACCAAUCACCCCCAACCGAUGGAAACUCCUUCGUGGACUACCUACGCAGCCGCAUGGCUAGCAACAGCGACCCUCCUCCUCCUCUCCACCACCCUCCGCCGCCGCCGUAAGCUCAACCUCCCGCCGGGCCCCAACCCCUGGCCCAUAAUCGGCAACCUCAACCUCAUCGGAUCCCUCCCCCACCGCUCCCUCGACUCCCUCUCCCAAAAAUACGGCCCCAUCAUGCACCUCCGGUUCGGGUCCUUCCCCGUCGUCGUCGGGUCCUCCGUCGACAUGGCCAAAAUGUUCCUCAAAACCAUGGACGUCACCUUCGCUUCGCGGCCGAAAACCGCCGCCGGGAAGUACACAACGUACAAUUACUCCGACAUCACGUGGUCCCCGUACGGGGCGUACUGGCGCCAAGCGCGGCGGAUGUGCCUGAUGGAGCUGUUCAGCGCGAAGCGGCUCGAGUCGUAUGAGUAUAUUCGGGUUGAGGAGAUGAAGGCUCUGCUUAAAGAGCUGCACGGUUCGGCCGGCGAGCCGGUCAUGUUGAAGAAUCAUUUGUCUACUGUCAGUCUAAACGUCAUAAGCCGAAUGGUGUUGGGGAAAAGGUAUUUGGACGAGGCGGAGAAUUCGAUUGUGGAACCGGAGGAGUUCAAGAAGAUGUUGGACGAGUUGUUCCUGUUGAACGGCGUCUUCAACAUCGGCGAUUCAAUUCCGUGGAUCGAUUUCAUGGAUUUGCAGGGGUAUAUAAAGAGGAUGAAGAUCGUGGCCAAGAAAUUCGAUAGGUUUUUGGAGCAUGUGCUUGAUGAGCAUAAUGCAAGGAAGAAGGAAGAAGCAGGGAAUUUUGUGGCCAAGGAUAUGGUGGAUGUUCUGUUGCAGCUUGCAGAGGACCCCAAUCUUGAGAUCAAGCUUGAAAGACAUGGGGUCAAGGCUUUCACCCAGGACUUGCUUGCUGGUGGAACCGAGAGUUCUGCCGUGACCGUGGAAUGGGCAAUCUCAGAGCUAUUGAGGAAGCCUGAGAUGUUUGAAAAGGCAAGGGAAGAGCUCGAUCGAGUUAUAGGGAGGGAUAGAUGGGUGGAUGAAAAGGACGUUUCAAACCUACCUUUCAUUGACGCAAUUGUCAAAGAGACAAUGCGAUUGCACCCUGUCGCCCCAAUGCUUGUACCCCGACUCGCACGUGAAGAUUGCAAGGUAGCCGGCUACGACAUCGAGAAAGGGACCCGUGUGCUCGUGAAUGUGUGGACUAUUGGGCGGGACCCUACUUUGUGGGACCAACCGAACGAAUUUUUCCCUGACAGGUUUAUCGGGAAGACGAUUGAUGUCAAAGGGCAGGAUUUCGAGCUGCUACCGUUUGGUUCAGGGCGCAGAAUGUGCCCCGGUUACAUGCUUGGACUGAAGGUGAUUCAGUCGAGUUUGGCUAAUCUUUUGCAUGGAUUUACCUGGAAUUUGCCUGAUGGAAUGAAGAAAGAAGAUCUGGAUAUGGAGGAACUUUUCGGGCUUUCGAUGCCGAAGAAGUUCCCGCUAGCCGUUGUGGCAAAGCCUCGACUUCCACUUCCUCUGUAUACUACUGCUAUGUGAGAAUGGCCUGUUUUUCAGGGUUCUCUAUAAUUGUUAGAUUGUACGUGAACCGAUGUUGUUAUCGUGUUUUGUGUUCGGGGUUUUCUUGUCAUGAUUUGCAAGGCAUUUCGAAAGAAUAAUGAAUUAUAUUGUAUGUGUCUCAUCCAAA